GCCCCAGUGGUUGUUAGUGCAAAUAUCCUUGCAGUGAUAACCAGAGACGAACUUGGGAUAUGCGAUGCAAGUGUUUUGUGUAUCUGUUUUAAUCGAUAGACCAGUAUUAUUGUAGUGACGAGUAUUACAGUGUGAGGAGUGGACGGACUCGUCACCGCCAACUCGGCGAUCGCCUGUUGUAUCCCCACAAACCUCGCUGUAACGCUGGUUGUGUACCGCCGGUAGGGUAGGUUCACCCAACCGUUAUGGGAGCAAGCGGCACGUGGGUAGUGGAUCACCAUGGUAAUAACCGAACUAAGGAACAAGAUGCAAGACAAGACGAAAUAACGGUGUUCGUCUGACAGUCGGAAGCCAGGAAGUGUGGUUGUGUUAGUCUGGUGACCAUGGAAGAAUCAGACUUCGGAAUAUAGAGUUGAAACCUGAUCUGGACAGCAGCUGAUACCGAGCAGGUCAGCAGCGUCUCCAUUGACCUCCAUUGACCUCCCUUAGUGUGACGUUCGGUGUCGUGGUUCUUUAAUGUGAUCAGAAACAAGCUAGAGAUAACGUGGUGACCUCUUGACCUUGACGAUGGUGUUCUGCAUGGCGUUCGGGUGUUCCAAUAAAAACGAUGCUUAUGAGAGAGGAGUCAGUUUCCACCGACUCCCCUUAAGCCAAACAGCGUUGUUAGAACAGUGGUUGUUGUUAAUGAGGCUGGAAAACCCGCACGUGACCCAACAUGCACGUGUGUGCUCGGAUCACUUUAGCCCGGACUGUUACUUGCCGGACAGGAGGCUCGACCUUGGGAUGGGGGGAGGGAAGCGGAGGCGGCUGCUCAAACCGAAUGCUGUACCCACACUGUUCAACUUCCAUAAGGUUUCCAAAAUAAACAGCAGAAGUACGAAACGGAUUCGAACUGAGCACUUCGUCGGUGGCCGUGGCCCCACCCCUGAACACCCCGACCCCGUGCCCUUCAACCCUCUCAAUGCAGCAAGACCCGAAUCCAGUCGAUUCCAGUCCAACAUAGCAGGCUUUGGACUUUCUGGGGAGCCCAGUGGGACGUCUAGUGUGGUGGAUCCCUCAGUGUCCAUACAGGAAGUGAAGCCCCAGAUAAUACACAGACCUGACCUUGACCUUGACCUUGACCUAGUAGGUCCACCCAAAUCUCACCCAAGACCAGCUCCUCCGCCUGCCAAUAGGAAUCCAGGCUACACCUUUAGACCAAGUUUUGCACAGCAAAGAAUCGCAAGAGCUCAGCAGAUUCACCAUGGCAACGCCCAAGUGGCCUCCAGACCAGGGAUGCAGAGUCGACCACUGCAGGGGAUGCAGAAUCGUCCUCCACAAGGGAUGCAACCCCGCGCCAGGAUGCCCUCUGCCACGGUUACAUCGGCUGCCCCGCCUCUCAAGCGACCCAGACUGGAGGCUCAGCGAGCAGUGCCGCAGAUGAAUAGACAAAUGGGUCAAGCCCCUGUUCAGAGACAGAAUAUGUCAACGUUUGACCAAUCACAUCGAAUGCCGGCACCUCGGUCUGUUGUACGACCUCCGCAGAGACCAGUUGGCAUCCAGCAGAUGUCGACCCAGCAACAGCGGUCCAUGCAACAUCGACAAGUAUCAAGGUCACCUCAGCGACAAAUAUCAAGGCCCAAACCCCAGAUUAGUUCAAGUAGGAAUUCAGAGGUGAAAUCUGACAUCUCUGAGAGAGCCUUCCUCAACCCUGACCACAGCUCUCAUAUCAUGACGGAGUUGUCUGCCCUGUGGAAGUCGGGGAAGUUUGUGGACGCUGCCAUCAUGGUUGGAGGGAUGAAGCUGCAGGCUCACAGGAUGGUGCUGUUUGCUGCUAGCCCCUAUCUGCGGGCAUCCUUCGACCACCUUAACCCUGCCACUGAGCUGCGUCUCAAGAUGCCGCCAGACAUCAAGCUGGACGUCGUCUACCAGUUCCUCACCUACAUCUAUGACGGCGUCCUCCGCUUAAAUCCGAACAAUGCAUCCUCCCUUCUCAAGAUCUCUCUCAUGCUUCGCAUGGAACACCUCACCAUGUGUUGUCAGGAGUACAUGGCUCACGCUGUCAGUACUGGCAUAAUUCCACAGAUGUCGGUCAAGGACGUCAAGUCUCCAUUGUUGGUGCUAGUUGACCAGAAGGCCCAGGAAACAGGUGAGGGCAAGACAGAUAUGUGCACUCAGACCAUGUGUGACUCUGAAACAACUACCAUCCAGUCUCCUCCCAAGGUGGAGUUUGACCGAGUGUUUGGUGAAGAAGACCAGACAACUUCUAGUUACCAUAGCAACCAGUUUGAUCACAGUGUGCAGUCUGAUGUGGACUUGUAUGGUAACUAUGGAGACAGAGGGGGAGGAGGCCAGGUAGUACAUACACAAGAGGAUGGGGAUGCUAUGCCCAUGAUUAUUGUAAAGAAUGAAUGUAUUGAUCCUGAAUAUGAACUAAGCAUUAAUCCCACACACCAUGCCAGUCCCCCUCCUGACCUUGAACACAUGAGUCCAGCAUCCAGUCAGAGUGACCCGAGAUCAGACUCCGAGCAGCAGAUGAGCAGCCAGACUGACCCCAUUGCUGACAGGGACAGUCCUGCAGCCCAGGCUGGGAUGGAGGCCAUGCAGGUUGUCCCUGGCAUCGACCUUGAUGUGUCAUCUCCUGACACUCCGGACAACAACCUCCAGCAAUCAUCCAAUGGCAGUGUCCAUCAAUCACCAGGUACAUCUACAUUUGACCAAUCACAAGUCACCUCAUCUGCAUUUGACCAAUCACAAGUCAGCACAUCCACGUUUGACCAGUCCAAAUCCAGCACAUCCACAAAUCAAAUUAAUUCAUUAGAACAAUCUUCAGUUUCCCAAACUGAAACAAAUGUGACUCCUUCGUAUACAUAUGCCAGUGAAAGUAGUGUUACAGAGGGAUACAGUGAAUCGUUCCCAGACAGGACUAGUGAUAAUUCGCAUGCUGACACUGAAAAUCAAACAUCAGCUUUCCCUCAAUCGUCACCUGGCCAGUCUUUACCCCUGGUGGAGUCAGUUGACCAUGCAACACCUCAGUUUGGCACAGAGGAAUUCCUCAGUUCCGACUUCGAUGUCCAGAUGUCAAAUGUCCCCAAAAGUGAACCUGAUGACCCAGUGUAGCGUGAAGUGUGACAUUAACAUUGCUGGAAGGAAACAGCUGGUACAGUAUGGUGUCGGCUGGUGUCAGAUAUACCAGUCCCUAACUGUUUCGUCUGUAUGAGAUGGUACAGAGUGGUACCUAGUGUUGUACAGAUGGUACAGAGUGGUACCUAGUGUGGUACAGAGUGGUACCUGGUGUGGUACAGAGUGGAGUGUGGUACAGAGUGGUACCUAGUGUGGUACAGAGUGGUACCUAGUGUGGUACAGAUGUACAGAGUGGUACCUGGUGUGGUACAGAGUGGUACCUGGUGUGGUACAGAGUGGUACCUAGUGUGGUACAGAGUGGUAGUGUGGUAUGUGAUACAGAUGUACAGAGUGGUACCUAGUGUGGUACAGAUAGUAGAGGGUGAUACAUGUAUACAAGGCAGGCAUUUUGAAAUACAAGGUAUUUGACAUUAGAUCUGUUGUUAGUUGUGUAACAAAGUAUUUGGUCCCAUAUUCAAAGUAGGCGGGCAACAACAAAUGUAUUCAAAAGUGUCAAUACUGAAAACAAACACUUUAUAACUAAGCACCACUUAGAUAUUAAUGUGAUCUGAUACAUUUAGUGAGACAGCCAAAUAUGCCGGUGACUACUGGUCACUUUAAUGACAUUAUUAUAACGAUGUCCACACCAACAGGUGUCUGCUCUGUAAACCAGCUGAUAGACACUAUGGGCCUUGACGAUGGGCCAUGACAGACACUAUGGGCCUUGAUGAUGGGCCAUGACAUUAUGGGCCUUGAUGAUGGGCCAUGACAGACACU